AUGGAAGCUUCACUUCUUCAAAUAAAUGAUUUACCUGAUGAAAUUUUUAUGAUUAUAUUUAAAAACAUGUACAAUACUGAAGUACUCUACUCUUUAUUAAAUGUUGAUAAACGACUCAAUAGAAUCGUAUGUGAUUCGGCUUUUACGCAUCGUUUGAAUUUGCUAAGACUUGUUCCAACUCGUUUAAUUGUAUUAACAUCUUUAUCAAGAUAUUUUAUGUAUCCAUUACUUGAUUCACUGCUAAAUCGGUUUUGCUUACAAAUCUUACAUCACAUUUAUAAUGAAAUCAAAUGGCUUAAUCUUGAAUCAUCUUCAAUAAAACGUAUUCUUCGUGCUGCAAAUUAUCCUGCUUUAUAUGGAUUUGGUUUAUAUAAUAUUGAAGCAAAAGAAGCUAUCAAUCUUUUUUCUGCACUUGUUAUCGAUAUUAGUACAAAUGGCCAACGAACAUCAACUGAAGAUGUGAAUGUACUUUUAUUUAUACAUAUUUUGACUAUGUUCACUAAUUUACGAUAUUUAAAUUUUGGUCCAUCUUCAAUUUGGUAUCAACAAUUAUCAAUUGAUACUCAACUUUCAACAAUGACCUUUUCAAGUCUGUUAGAAUUACAUGUACGUUUGCAAGACUUUAUCGAUUGUAUUUAUUUACUUGGUGGAUGUUUCAAUCAACUUCACACACUUCAUGUUAAUAUUACUUACAUAAUGUCUUUAAAUUCAACAAUUAAUAAUAAGGAAAAAUUACCUAAUCUAAGAUUCUUUUCGCUGCGUAGUAAUUGGAAUACACAUUGUUACGAUGAAUUAAUUGUACCACUUCUAAAUCGAAUGUUAAAUUUGGAAGAACUAAAUUUAUUUCUUCAAGUUACCGGCAGACAAAAAUUUGUUGAUGGUAAUGAUUUAAAGAGAAAUAUCAUCGAUCAUAUGACACGAUUAAAUAAAUUUAAAUUUCGUAUUUGUUCAAGUAUUCAGCUUGAUAAUGAACUUGAUUUUCCAUCAAAUGAAAAUAUUCAAAAGACAUUCAAAGAUUUUAAAGAUAAUCAAAUUAUUUCUUAUGUUGAUUAUUUUCCAAAAGCAGGUCAAGGUCAAUGUCAUAUUUAUUCAUAUCCAUAUAAAUUAAAAAAUUAUGAUAAAAUAACAAAUAAUUUUCCAGGUGGAUUAUAUAAAUUUGUUCGUGAUGUAUCAUUCCCAGGCAGACAAACUUUUGAGAAAACGCGUGUACACACCGUAAAAUUGACUUUUCGAAGCGUUUACACGCGUUAG